UUGCAUGAGAAAGAUGACAAAGACGAGAAGAGGAUCACCCGGGCAAAAUUCUUUCUUAUUGCCUUAGUUUGCAGUUUUUCAUGGUACCUGUUCCCAGGAUACCUCUUCACAACCCUAACAAGCAUCUCAUGGGUUUGCUGGAUUUUCUCCAAGUCUGUAACAGCCCAACAAAUUGGUUCAGGCAUGAGGGGACUUGGAGUUGGUGCCAUAUCACUAGACUGGACUGCAGUGGCAUCCUUUUUGUUCAGCCCGCUCAUUAGCCCAUUCUUUGCUAUUGCCAAUGUUUUUGUGGGCUAUGUGAUGUUAAUAUACAUUGUAAUACCUAUAGCUUACUGGGGUUUAGACUUGUACAGCGCAAGCAGGUUUCCCAUAUUCUCCUCACACUUGUUUACUGCCAAAGGUAAACCCUAUGACAUAACAGCUAUUGUUAAUGACAAGUUUGAGCUAGAUAAAGUGAAGUAUGAGGAGCAUGGACGGAUUUAUUUAAGCAUGUUUUUUGCUCUCACCUACGGGUUUGGUUUUGCUACCAUUGCCUCCACGCUUACACAUGUUGGUCUCUUCUAUGGAAGGGAGAUAUAUGAGCGCUAUUGUGCUUCUUACAAAGGCAAGGAGGAUAUCCAUACAAAAUUGAUGAGAAAAUACAAGGACAUACCUUCCUGGUGGUUUCACAUUCUCCUUGCUGUGACUGUAGCAGUUUCUCUUUUACUUUGCAUCUUCCUGAAUAGACAGGUUCAGUUGCCAUGGUGGGGACUCCUCUUUGCCAGUGUCAUGGCAUUUGUUUUCACACUUCCGAUCAGUAUCAUAACUGCCACAACAAACCAGACACCAGGUUUGAACAUAAUUACAGAGUAUGUAAUGGGCAUCAUAUAUCCGGGAAGGCCUAUUGCAAAUGUAUGCUUCAAAACCUAUGGGUACAUGAGCAUGGCCCAAGCAGUCUCCUUCCUCAAUGAUUUCAAGCUGGGACACUAUAUGAAGAUCCCUCCAAGAUCCAUGUUCUUAGUUCAGUUCAUAGGAACAGUUCUUGCUGGAACAAUCAACCUUGCAGUUGCAUGGUGGUUACUGAGCUCUAUCCAUAAUAUAUGCCAUGAUGAUCUCCUUCCCCCUGACAGUCCCUGGACAUGUCCUGGUGACAGAGUCUUUUUUGAUGCAUCAGUAAUAUGGGGUUUACUUGGUCCCAAAAGAAUCUUUGGAUCUGAAGGCAACUAUCCAGCAAUGAAUUGGUUCUUCCUGGGAGGUGCACUAGGACCCAUCAUAGUUUGGUUGCUGUACAGGACAUUCCCCAAGCAAUCUUGGAUUCCCCUAAUUAAUCUUCCAGUACUUCUUGGAGCAACAGGAAGUAUGCCACCAGCAACAGCAGUAAACUACAAUUCCUGGAUCCUAGUUGGAACUAUUUUCAACUUUUUCAUUUUCCGUUACCGAAAGCAGUGGUGGCAAAGGUACAACUACAUUCUCUCAGCAGCUCUUGAUGCUGGGGUGGCUUUCAUGGCAGUAGUAUUGUACUUUGCAGUGGGCUUGGAAAAUAAAAGUGUGACUUGGUGGGGAACAAAUGGUGAACACUGUGACUUGGCAAAAUGUCCAGCAGCCAAGGGAAUAGCAGUUGAUGGUUGUCCAGUGAAGUAAUAAUGGAAGUACAAUAGCAGUUGAUGGUUGUCCAGUGAAGUAAUAUUCUAUGUAUUCCUCUUUUAUAAGUAUUCCUCUUUUAUGUGUCUCCUCUGUCAAAUGUUGGACAGCAUAGAACUAGCAAGCAUUAAAGCACUUCAGUUAAUGAAAUCAAGCAUAGCAGAAAUCUGUGAUAAAUGAUAGAUAUUGCUAAUAAAAGCUUCCCCUUACAUUCAGCUGCAUCCUCUAAAAUCUGUCCUUCAAUUUAAGAGCAAGCUGUGAGCAACUUUUCAUCCAU